AUGUCCAGUCAAGUCCAGUCGCCUCCGCCGGCGCGGAAGCAUGACAGCGAGGUGAUGAACUAUGCCGUCCAGGAGAUGGACCAACCUAUCAAAUCCGGUGUACGCCGACCGUCGAGCGUAGCCUCCACCACCUACACCGCAACAACACUGAACGGUAGUCUGGCGGAUAGUUAUGUGGACAAUGGGAAAUAUUGGAAAGAUAUCGGUGAGGUGCCGGCACCUAAUCGACAAAGGAGGCAAACCAUCGACUUUGACUCACAGAGCAACUUAACCCAUCUCAACUUUGAGCAACAAAUGGCUCGCCUUACUAGGGAAUUCGUCCCUCCAUACCUAGGCUUCAUGCGCAUGCGACGCAUCUCGGCCAUGCCAGAAGGUCCGGCUCCUACAGAAGAUGAUUCAGAUAAACAAGAUACUUCAAGCAAAGAGUUAGCCGACUCCAAGCCCGAAGAGGAUCCAAACGCCGGCAUCAUCUAUCCUUCCACUGGACGCGCUGUCAUCAUCUCAUUUGCCCUGUCUUUGGCCGUAUUCCUGGUGGCCCUCGACAUCAACAUCAUCGCCACCGCCUCAGCUAGUAUAGCAUCCGAUCUCAAGGCCCUCAAUGAUCUGGGUUGGUAUGGUUCGGCGUAUCUGGCCUCCACGGCCGCCUUCAGCUUCGUUUAUGGUCGCUUGUACACGCUUGCACGACCCAAGAUCAUAUUUACCUUCGCUGUCGGCAUAUUCGGUACUGGCUCCCUCAUCUCAGGUAUCGCCCCAACCUCGCCAGUUCUCAUCAUGGGCAGAGCAGUCCAGGGCCUUGGAACUUCAGGCAUAUUAUCCGGGGCUCUGAUCAUCGCGGCCAAAGUUUUGCCUUUGAGGCAACGCUCAAUCCUGAGCGGUGUUAUCGGGGCCAUGGAGGGCACUGCCAUGGUCCUAGGUCCAGUGUUGGGCGGUAUAUUUUCUGAUAGGCUCAGCUGGCGAUGGUGCUUCUACAUCAAUGUUCCAAGCAGCGCGGCUGUCUGCAUUGCUGUCAUGCUCCUUUUGAAGCUGCCGGAUGAUGCGCCUGGUGGUCCUGGAGUAGAUCUCCAAAAGCUUCAAGAUGAAAAGAGAAAGAGCAAUGCUUCUUUGAACGUACUGGCCGAGCCUAACAAGCCCUUGAGUCAAUCAGACACGCUCCGCGCAAGGUUUGCUCUGCUGUCGACAUCCACAAAGGACAAGAUCAUGUUGUUGGAUCCGUUAGGCACAACAAUCCUACUGGGUGCUGUUGUGAGCAUUUUGUUUGGACUUCAAGACAUUGGGCAAACUGUGUCGAAUGGAAAGAGCAAUACUAGCAUCGUCUUUGUCCUAGGUGCCGUACUCUUUGUCAACUUUGGCGUUCUUCAAUACCUUCGCAAGGAGAGUGCCAUGAUCCCUCCGAGGUUGAUCAAAAUUCGAACAGUGUGGUCUGGCUUCUGGUUCUUCAGUUGCACGGCGUCGGCGCUUGAGGCCAUCACAUACUUUCUUCCACUUUGGUACCAAAAAGUUCAAAACAACACGGCCGAGCAGUCAGGUGUCAAGAUGCUUGCCAUGCUCUUGCCCAUGAUAUUUAUGCUCCUUGUUGGUGGCGUGGUCCUCAACUUGAUCGGAUACUACACACCGAUGAUGAUAGUGUCAUCCAUUAUGAUGGCGUUAGGCGCCUCUCUUUUGUCAUCUAUCGAGAGUGACACCAGCCUGGUAAACGUUGCUCUCGCAUCCGGUUUGUUUGGUGCCGGGGUCGGCACUGGAUUCCAGAUGCCUCUUAUUGCAGUCCAGACAGUGCUGGACCCAGUUGACAUGCCCAUUGGAACAAGUAUCGUUGUGUUCGGUCAGAUGCUUGGCGGUGCUCUGAUGCUGUCAGUGGCCGAAGCUUCAUUUUCGACAAGUCUCAAUCUCGGUUUUUCGAACCUGGGUUCGAUUGGUGAAGAGGUGAUGAAGAGACUCGACGACGUGCGAUACAUCAAGGAUAUUAGUCUCCCAGAAGGCUCCAACUUGACAGUUGAGCAAAUACUUGACAUCUACAACAAAGCCAUCAGGUCAGCUCUCAACGUCAGUGUGAUCUUCGCCAUCUUGUCCUUGGUUGGCGCCUUGUGUAUGCCGCUGAGGUCGGUCAAGAAAACCAAGGAGGACUAUGAGAAGGAGCAGGAGGCGAAACAACUGAAGAAGAUUGAGAAGAUGCAAAAGAAAGAGGCAGAGAAAGAAGCAAAGAAAGCGCAAAAAGGUCAAAAGCCCGGUUGGUGGGGGAAGUGA